GAGAGAGCAUUUGUAGCACAAAUAUACACAUUAUUUGGUAGCGUUUGGAGCAUUAGAGAGCAUCCAAACCCAAUGUACGGAUAUAUACGAUACAGAACUACAGUUCCGAUGUAUAUAUAGCCGUUAGAAUGUGUGGCACUGGUAUGCAGUGAAUGGAGAAGUGUGUGAAAAGAUGGUGGAGGACCGCAACUCGUAUAAGAUUGACUUACAAAUCAGAAAUAAAGACGAUAAUGAGAUCUACUAUAAGAGGGAUGGCCAGCGUUUCGAUUCAGAAUAUACACUGAAAUUUCUGGUCGAAACCAAUUAUGAAUACAUAGUGAAUGUGAGACCUUCACUGCCAUUACAAAGUGUGUCAGUGCAGGGGACGGGUGUAUCGGUGACCGACCAGUCUCAAGAGAAUGGCAGCUCAACCUACUCUUUCGGUUGGGACUCAACUAAAGUGGACGCCAACAAGAAGAAGGACAGAACCAAAGUGCAACUGAUGCUGCAAUUCCAGGGCGGCCUCACGUGUGUCAUCCCAUUGCAGGUGAAGUUCUACAACAAGGAGGACACACAGCACCUGACGUGGGGAACACCACUCCAUCACAUCGACUACGAGUGUGUUGUGAAACCGGGACAGACGUACGUGGAUAUCGUGAAAACCAUCUUCAGAUGAAUCGCUGACAGCACACCAGCCGUUGAUUACUCGCAAUGAGUACUCAUUUAUAGCAAAACAACGACUAUAUAUACAAUAUAUAUAUACAGAAUAUAUAUACAGAAUAUAACACAAGAAUAUGUGUGACUAAUGGCAGAGAAAGCGCAUGAAAUUGGUUUGUAAUCGCAAUCCAAUCACUAAUACUUCAAUCUGUCCGUCAAAAUAGCGUUAAUAUUGAAGUAACAGUAUUUGUAAACGUAUUUGAAAUCUAAUUAAUAGUUAGGAUCCGAUUUGUGGCUUCCCUUUAAACAUAAAGACCUUUGGAUCGACUCUCGACAGGAAACCUUUGGACUCAUUUUGUCUCAAAACUGUGAACUCAAACACACUUUUAUAGCUUUCUAUUAUGUAUUUACCAUUUCUUAUAUCAGCGAC